AUUUGCGCACGUUAGGACCCCGGGGGCGCCAGGUGCUGUGGGAUCCUCCCGUUCGUUCCCAGGGACGUGAUGGGAAGGCGCAGACUGACUGCUAGGCCCCCAACAGCCGUCAGCGCCAGAUGGGGCUGGAAUGCCUGGCUGGGCCGCCGGCUGAGCGCGCCGGCCUCAGCUGUGGGGUGCUCGCCUCUUGGGCUGGCGCGUACAGCCCUGCUGGGGCCCCCGCCGUGGGAGUGUGUUCAGCCGACUCGGCCUUCAUACCCAAAGCUUCCCCCUUCCCGGGUCCUCUGGUUUGAUAAGGUAACUUUGAUGAAAUCAUGACCAGGUGGGCACGAGUUACUACCACACAUAAAAAGAGACCUUUGGCUGCAACAUCAUGGGAGAAUAUGAAGAAGGGGUCCCUUGAGGGAGAAGGCCAAAACCUACCAAAGAGUAAACAACUUGAAGCCAAUAGGCUCUCUGUUAAAAAUGAUACGCCUCACACAAAGCACAAAAAGAACAAAAAGAAAAAGGAGUACCUAAAUGAAGAUGUAAAUGGAUUCCUGGAAUACCUAAGGCAAAACCCACAGAUGGUUCGUAAUGGGGAGAGGAUAGCAACAGACAAUCAGGAGGUAAGGGAAGAAAUUGCCGUUGCUUUAAAGAAAGAUAGUCGCCGGGAAGGAAGAAGACUAAAAAGACAAGCAGCAAAGAAAAAUGCAAUGGUGUGUUUCCAUUGUAGAAAACCUGGCCAUGGGAUUGCAGAUUGCCCAGCUGCCCUUGAGAAUCAAGAUAUGGGCACUGGAAUAUGUUACCGGUGUGGGUCCACAGAGCAUGAAAUUACCAAGUGCAAAGCCAAAGUAGACCCAGCUCUUGGUGAAUUUCCUUUCGCAAAAUGUUUUGUUUGUGGGGAAAUGGGACAUCUGUCCAGAUCUUGUCCUGAUAAUCCCAAAGGACUUUAUGCUGAUGGUGGUUGCUGCAGACUCUGUGGCUCUGUGGAACAUUUUAAGAAAGAUUGCCCUGAGAGUCGGAAUUCAGAUCGAGUGGUCACAGUUGGUCGCUGGGCAAAGGGAAUGAGUGCGGACUAUGAAGAAAUUUUGGAUGUGCCUGAACCACAGAAACCCAAAACAAAGAUACCUAAAGUUGUUAAUUUUUGAUAAUGAUUAGUACUAUCAUUAGUUACCACCUCAUUGUUAACCAUUCUGAACUGGGCCUACCUCACAAAUUGGAGGUGGGCACCCUUGGGAGACCUGUGUUAUAGAUACUAGAAUGAUGUGCCUAUGGUCAGAUAGUUUCCUGAGUGCUGUCAAUUAGAGAGUGCCUCGAUCACUGGAGAAAAUCACUGAAGAAAAGUGUAAGAUUUUUAAAUUGGAUUCUCUAAAAGAAUAUUUUUAUCAGAUAGAACUUAGGUAUAAAUAAGUGGUUAUAUACUUGAUUGUAACAAUUGUCUUUUUCUUAAAAAUUAUGCAUUAAUGUGAACCACCCUUAAACAAGGUAUAACUGCUUUGCAUUUAGAAAUGAAGUUUGGUUAUAUUGUUUUCUUGGUUCAAAAGAUCAAUUUAUUAUUAGGAAUUUAUAAGUUGCCACAAAAUCUGUAUUUUUAAGAUAUUUAAUAAAAAAUUUAUUUGCUCUU